ACAUGCCCUGGACUCGAAACAACCCAGCCCCAUUUCCACCUUACUACAUGCCUGUGCAUUAGAGUUUCGGGAGCCUGGAUUUGUUUGGUCUGACUGCAGGAUGAAGCCGGUUGUCAAGAUAGUUGUUCUGUGCCUGGCCCUGAGUCUAGGAAGAUGCGAUGAAGAAGUAACCCCAGACAACUCAGUCAACCAAGCUGCCCCAGAAGAAUCAGCCUCAGCAGACUGGGGCAUUGGGACCCUCAGAGAUGGCUUUGAAACUGUUAAUAGCUAUUUUGACUCUUUUUUAGAGCUGCUAGGAGGAAAAAAUGGGGUUUGUCAGUACAGAUGUAGAUAUGGGAAGGCUCCAAUGCCCAGACCGAACUACAAGCCCCAAGAGCCCAAUGGCUGCAGCUCCUACUUCCUUGGUCUCAAGGUACCAGAAAGUCUGGAUUUAGGCAUCCCUGCCAUGACUAAGUGCUGUAACCAGCUGGAUGUUUGUUAUGACACCUGCGGAGCCAACAAAUACCGCUGUGAUGCUAAGUUCCGAUGGUGCCUCCACUCCAUCUGCUCAGACCUCAAACGGAGCCUUGGUUUUGUCUCCAAGGUUGAAGCUUGUGAAUCUGUAGCAGAUACAGUGUUUAACACUGUCUGGACUCUGGGCUGCCGACCCUUCAUGAACAGCCAAAGAAGUGCCUGCAUUUGUAACGAGGAAGAAAAAGAGGAACUUUGAAGAGCACAGCCCUCUGGCCAGAGAUGACCUCAUGCAUUCCAUCUCUGAUGCAGCUCUUUAGCAAGCCAUUUUCCAUCAGCCCUCUGAACUGGAGAAGUUAUGAUAGUAUGGGGUAGGAGGAGCAGAUUUUUGCACUGUGUAUAAUGCAUCAGUUACAGCUUUGGGUGGAGGGUGCUGUCAGAAGCAGUGACAACUACUGCCUACCUCAGAUCCAGUCUAACAGCCCCAUCUCUUUCCAGGUGUAUCACUGUGGGUUAUUUUAAUGCCAAUUUUCUAUUGUGACCAAUUAAGAUGAGCAAAGAGAAUGCAAUGCAGACAGUAAUAAGUAGUUUCUGCAGCAGAUAUACAUGUGUAUAACAACUUCCUCUCCCUGAAUCACUGAUACACCAUGAAAAACAAGUUUUCCCACUAGCCAAAGUUCCAGUCACUAGUUACAUCUUUUAAAUAAAUUAUUCAAACACAGGAGAUGGGCUGAGCCACAAUAUUGGGGCGGGGGGGGGGGUAAUGGAAAAAGGGGGAAGGAUUCAUCCCCUUUUGGUUCAGACCCAAUUAUUUACACACAUGCAAACUACCCCACUUCUCUGAAAUAUUUAGAGGCUCCCCAAACUGUUCAGAUAACCAAGGAUUUUUGUUAGCUAAGAGAAUGAUUCAUGGCUGGGGACAUGGCCAAAUAUUAGCCAAGAGGGAUUUUGAGUAGUUCCGAUACAUGAGUGCACACAAAGGUAGACUGGAACAAAGAUCAUCCAUGUUCAAAUAGCUCUACACUAUACAUUCUGAUACACAUAUAAGAUUCUGCCCAUAAUUUCACAGCAGAGGAAUAAGCUCCCCCCACAAUUCCAUUCAGCUGUACCUGUUUAUUUUCCUCCUUCAUAAUUUAAAACCAAAGGGAAAAAUUACAUUAGUCUCCAGUAAGCACCUUCAGCAGUGUCCUUUUAAGGGGUCGGGGGCGGGAGGUGGGUUGCAGGAGGAUUUGAUGGGACUUUGGGAAACUUUCAGGCAUACAAAGGCAUAUUUGUAGACUGGUACUGCUUAGGCUGUGUUUGGUAAGGCAGGGCUUGGUUUCAUGGGGAUAUGGCUAACUUAAAGAGAUGAACGAUCCCAGCGGAUUUAUUUUUUCAAACAUGUCUAAGAUCUAAAUCUGAGAAAGGAUUCUCUUAUAGACUUGAAAAACUACCUCCCCCCAGGGAAUUUUGUUGUUGUUGGGGUUUGUUGCUGCUGCUGAAAGGGAGUUUCUACCAAGAUGUGUGUAACAUACAAGAUAAAUGUGGAUCUGUCACAUGCCUAGAUAGAUGGAUGGAUGCACACACACACACUCUCCCUGUCUUCCAUUCACUUUUACACACUGCACAAAGUGGAUGUUACAACACUGUUUGUUUUUUGACAGAUUCUGUUUUAGCUAUAUCCUUUCUGGCAUACAUGUUUAAACUGAUACAUUUAGCAGAACAUUAUUUAAACUACUGUCCCUGUUUUUGCCAGGCUUAUUGGCCGCACACUGAAAAGUGUUAUACAUCUGACCCAUAUGGUCUGCAGCAAUGGGAGGCUAUUGUUAGAAAACAUGAGACUAAGGUAAUAAAAAGUGAACACACUGAGUUGUGUGGGGAUUCCCCCCUCCACCCCAUUUGGAAGGGCCAUUCUUAUUUCCUCAGUGAAAAUUAGAUGUCCCUCUGAGCAGGUGAUAAGCCAGUGAGUAUUCCAGUGCCAAUGUUCAUCUCAGUAGUUGUCCAUCAGAAUGUUUCCUGCAGAAAGAACCUGAUUGUCAGCCCUAGUUUGUUUGGGGUGGGAGAGGCAGGGGGGUCGUGUGUGAGGAACAGACACUAAGAGCUUUAUAUAUUUUUAAGGUGAACUGCUACCCAUUGUUAAAGGUGAGUUUAUAUGUACAAUUAAAUAUCACUUGCAAAAAUA